AACAAAAUCCAAGACAAAAUUUCCCACUAAACAUACUUUAUUAUAAUAUGUUGUAGUAGUAGUUUCUUGGAUUUAGUAGCAUUUCUUGCUACUAAAUUUCACUUAAAGAUUCUUCAUUUUCACUUUCAUACUAUAUAUAUAUAUCCUCAUGAUUCGAUACUUUACCGAAUAUAAAAAGAGCUUUGAUUUUUUUUUUUCCUAAAGAGUAAAAUAUUUAGUAUUUUAUGAUUAAAUUUUCUACCACACAUUUCAACUUUCUAUUGAACUCGAUUUUAGUAUAUGUUUGUAACCCCUUUUGACUGUUGUGAUUUUUUUAGCUGAUGUGAACCUCAUUUUAUGUAAUAAAGGUGCUAUUUCAGCAUAAAAAGGUGAGGAAAAUAUAAAUUAAGUGCAGGCGGUAAUAGAUCUUAAGUAAAGUUAAAUUAUGUUAUAACAAAUUUGGUGAUAGUUCGAGGGAUAUUAAAUGCUUAAUAGUUUUGGAUUAGUCUCUAAAAAACAGUGUGAUAGUCAGCAAGAACACCAUAGCUAAUGUAGUAUGUAGCAAGCAUUGUGCUUUUUUCUCACUCCAAUUAUCACUCUCUUUUUCUCCUUUUUUGGUGUUUUGUGAAAGUGAACUGAAAAAUCCCAUGUUAUCCACCUCUUCUUGUCUCAAAGAAUUGAUAUGGGAGUUUUCAAGAAUCAACCUCAUCAGGUGUCAAAGGUUGUAGCUUUCUUGAAUUUUAAUGUGUUAAAUGUUAAUGCAAAUGUUGUCCACCUCUUGUUUUCUCAAAGAUUUGACAUGGGGGUUUCCAAGAAUCAACCUCAUUAGGUGUCAAAGGUUGUAGCUUGCUUGAUUGGGUGUCAAAGGUUGUAGCUUUCUUGAUUGGGUGUCAAAGGUUGUAGCUUUCUUGAUUUUAAUGUGUUAAAUGUUAAUGCAAAUGCUAAAAUGUUGUUGCUUUGUGGAUCAUCUAUGGAGUUGUUUUGGUUUGUAGUAGCUUUGUUUCUUGGUUUUGCUUCACUUGUUUUUAGUGUUACUGAUCCUAAUGACUUGGCUGUGAUAACUGAGUUUAGAAAAGGGUUGGAAAAUCCUGAAAUCUUGAAAUGGCCUGAAAAUGGUGAUGGUGGUGACCCUUGUGGUACACCAGUUUGGCCACAUAUUGUGUGUACUGGUAGUAGAAUUCAGCAGAUUCAAGUUAUGGGGUUGGGUUUAAAAGGCCAUUUACCUCAAAACUUGAAUAAGUUGUCAAAGUUGACAAAUUUGGGUUUGCAAAAGAAUCAGUUUAGUGGAAAGUUGCCAUCUUUUAGUGGUUUGUCUGAGUUGAAGUUUGCUUAUUUGGAUUUCAACAAGUUUGAUACUAUCCCAUCUGAUUUUUUUGAUGGACUUGUGAGUCUACAAGUUUUGGCUUUGGAUGAAAAUCCUUUGAAUGCUACUACUGGUUGGUUAUUGCCAAAUGGGCUUCAAGAUUCAGCUCAGUUGAUUAAUUUGACAAUGAUAAACUGUAAUUUAGCUGGUCCUUUGCCUGAGUUUCUUGGUACCAUGUCUUCUUUAGAGGUUUUGUUGUUAUCUACAAAUAGACUUUCAGGGCCUAUUCCAGGUACUUUCAAGAACGCCGCGAUGAAAAUGCUUUGGUUGAAUGAUCAAUCUGGUGAUGGGAUGAGUGGUUCAAUUGAUGUCGUUGGAACAAUGGUGUCACUCACUAGUCUUUGGCUUCAUGGGAAUAAAUUUUCAGGUAAAAUCCCGAUGGAGAUUGGUAAUUUGACAAAUCUGAAAGAUUUCAAUGUGAAUACCAAUGAACUCGUUGGAUUAAUCCCGGAAAGUUUAGCAAAUAUGUCAUUAGACAAUCUUGAUUUGAAUAAUAAUCAUUUUAUGGGACAGGUUCCUAAGUUCAAGGCUACUAAUGUUAGUUUUCGGUUUAACUCUUUUUGUCAAACAAAGCAAGGGGCAGCUUGUUCCCCCGAGGUUAUGGCACUUUUAGAGUUUCUUGAUGGGGUGAAUUACCCUUAUAGGCUUGUUGAAUCAUGGUCCGGUAACAGCCCUUGCGAUGGACGUUGGUGGGGAAUAAGCUGUGACAAUAACCAAAAAGUUAGUGUCAUAAACUUGCCUAAGUCUAAUCUUUCCGGGACCUUGAGUCCUUCCAUCGCGAAACUUGAAUCUGUUUCUCGCAUUUAUCUUGGUUUCAAUAAUCUUUCUGGUUUUGUUCCAUCUAGUUGGACUAGUUUGAAAUCUCUAUCUAUCCUUGAUUUGAGUAAUAACAAUAUCUCUCCACCUCUGCCGAAGUUUACCACCCCGUUGAAGCUUGUUCUAACUGGAAAUCCAAAGCUGACGUCUAGUCCUCCCGGAGAAAAACCUUCACCAAACAACAGCACAGCUCCCGCAAAUUCACCCUCUUCGUCUGUACCAUAUUCGCGAUCCAACAGUUCAAGCUCUGUGAUUUUAAAACCCGGUGAACGGUCACCAGAAAAGAAGGACUCGAAGUCUAAGAUAUCUAUAGUUGUGAUUCCUAUUGCUGGUUUUCUACUUUUGUUUUUUCUUGCUAUUCUGCUGUACAUUUAUGUCUGUAAGAAGAGUAAAGAUAAGCAUGAACCUCCAACUGCUCUUGUGGUUCAUCCUAGAGAUCCAUCUGAUUCCGAUAAUGUGGUCAAGAUCGCGAUUGCUAAUAACACUAAUGGAAGUCUUUCCACAUUAAAUGCAAGUGGUUCCGCUAGCAUACACAGUGGUGAAUCCCAUAUGGUUGAAGCUGGGAAUUUGCUGAUAUCGGUUCAAGUUCUUCGGAAUGUGACUAAGAAUUUUUCUCCAGAAAAUGAACUCGGGCGUGGUGGUUUUGGUGUGGUUUAUAAGGGAGAAUUAGACGAUGGGACACAAAUAGCUGUCAAAAGAAUGGAGGCCGGGAUAAUCAGCAACAAAGCUUUGGAUGAAUUUCGAUCUGAAAUUGAUGUUCUCUCAAAAGUCCGGCAUAGGCAUUUAGUGUCUCUACUGGGUUACUCCGUUGAAGGUAGUGAAAGAAUUCUGGUUUACGAGUACAUGCCACAAGGUGCACUUAGUAGGCAUCUUUUCCACUGGAAAAACAACAAAUUGGAGCCUCUCUCGUGGAAGAAACGGCUUAAUAUUGCCUUAGAUGUUGCGAGAGGCAUGGAGUAUCUACACACACUGGCACAUCAGAGCUUCAUACAUAGAGAUCUCAAAUCCUCAAAUAUCUUGCUUGGUGAUGAUUUCCGUGCCAAAGUGUCCGACUUUGGACUCGUGAAACUUGCUCCUGAUAAAGAGAAAUCUGUGGUCACCAGGCUGGCCGGAACUUUUGGAUAUCUUGCACCCGAAUAUGCUGUGACGGGUAAAAUCACCACCAAAGCAGAUGUCUUUAGCUUUGGCGUUGUGCUAAUGGAGUUAUUAACCGGGAUGAUGGCACUUGAUGAAGACAGACCUGAGGAAAGCCAGUACUUAGUUGCAUGGUUCUGGAACGCUAAAUCCUCUAAAGAGAAGCUUAUGGCAGCCGUUGAUCCAGCUCUAGACGUGAAAGAGGAGUUAACUGAGAGCAUCUCCGUCUUAGCUGAACUUGCUGGUCACUGCACUUCACGAGAACCUGGUCAACGUCCUGAUAUGGGCCACGCUGUGAAUGUGCUCUCCCCACUUGUCGAGAAAUGGAAGCCUCUUGAGGAUGAUCCGGAGGACUAUUGUGGGAUCGACUACAGUCUUCCGCUAAAUCAAAUGGUUAAGGGCUGGCAAGAAUCGGAAGGAAAAGACUUGAGCUACGUGGAUCUCGAGGACAGUAAGGGUAGUAUCCCUGCAAGACCAACUGGAUUUGCAGAUUCGUUUACAUCAGCUGAUGGUAGAUAAACAAGGUACUUCUAUGUAUUCGAUGUAGAUAGCGAUUUUCUUCGUAUUGUGUGAGAUUUUGAUCGUUUAAUGUGAAUGUAUUUAGAAAUUUAAACAAUGUGUAUCCUCAGUUCCUUCUGUAGAUACCGAAUAGUGAUGAAGGAGAACUAUAUAUCGAUUAAGCUCCUCGCUCGGUCACUAUUUUCAUCUUGUACUAUGGUGAGAAUCAAGCAUUUUGUACAACUA